AAAGGAUGAUGAAGAGACGAGGAUUGUCAUUGGUCGGCUGGUAUCAUAGCCAUCCUUGUAGCCAACCAGAUCCUUCGAUACGAGAUAUAGGUUGUCAGAUGUCAUAUCAACUUCGUAUGAAGGGAUCUGGUGCUACAUAUUACCCUUGUGUGGGUAUCAUUACAUCACCAUUCCACAAAGUCCAGUCCAGUAUUAAUUCCAGCUACAAUAUGUUUAUGGUUAUGCCUCCAUUAGAGGAAGAGCCAGCAGACUGUGGUAUACCUAUGAAAGUAGCAUAUGUACUCAAUCAAAACCAAUCAGUCACAGAGGAACUGCUGAGUGAGAUGAAAAAAGUGAGAGAUUUUUACCGAGGGACUGAUGACUGGAUAAACUUCCAUCAUUCCUGGCAAUCAUCAAUCAAAUAUAUAGAUAAACUCAAGGAAUCAUUGAGCAGAAAACUACCUGCUGAUCAGAUGGAUAGUGGAACACUGCUAGAUUUUGUAGAACACCUUGUUCUGAACAAUUAAUGGUUAUUAAAGUUGGAAAUUUUUAUAAAUCGAAUGAUAUUUUGGACAGAGAAAUGUCAAGAUUUUAUGGAAUGGAAAUUCAGGAUGAUUAACUACAUCAGAAACAAAGGCCUGAAAUAUUAGACAUGAAACUGUUGAUAUUCUUACUGAUGAAAUUAUGAGAAAAAAACAAGUACUGUGGAUUCUCUUAUUUUCUUGGCUUCCUAUUUUCAUGGAUUCAGGAGAACUGGCCUUUAAAUAAAUGCCAUUUGAUUUCGUGGUUUUGUCAAAGUCUGCAUACAUUCUAAUAGAAAAUUUGUAAUUUGUUGUAAAUGAUAAUUUGUGGUCCCCAGGUUACCAAAAAAUUCCACAAAAUUUAGUAUCGUAAGAAUGAUAAUGAAUCCACAGUAUUUAAAAUUUGUUGAAGAAAACUAUGGAUUCUGAUCUCAAUAAUAAUUGUAUGUUCAUGAUGUUUUCAUUUUCUAGUUUUUUUUAUACAAGUUAAGGCAUUUAAAAAAUCAUAAAUGGGCAUUUAAGGAAAUUUGGUUGUAAGCGCAAAGCAAAAAAGUAUUUUAUUGAUUUAGAUGUCUCUAAGAAUGAUUUUUUUUUAUUUAUCUUUGUACAAAUAUGACUAGUGGGAAUAUAAUACUGCUUAACCUAGCCAGUUGCAAUAAUAGCAAAUUGGAAGGCAAUAAUACUAUAACUCAGUAAUAAAAUUAAGUCAGCAAUAAUCAUAGGGACAAACAGUAUGCUGCUUUGCUUUGUAGAUUUGUAAGAAUGUGGCAAUAAGAAUUGUUAUAAGUAAACAUGGAAUUGCCAAUUUGUAAAAAAAAACAUGUCUAAGGAUUAAGGAUUACAAAGUUGGUAUAGGGUAAGUUAGGUUUUAGACAUUUAAUUGUGAAAAUAGUCCAUGAAAUCUGAAAUAUAUCAUAUAAUAUAAUUUAUCUUUAUCUAACUUGUGACAAUGCUUUAAAAUAGUAUAUUAUGUAUAAGGAAAGGGCAUUAGUCAAGUGGUUUUUUUUUUGUAAAGUUUCGAAAUAUUUGCUGAGAAAUCAGCCACUUUUAAACUUCUAUAAUGCAGUUCUCUUAUAAAAUGUUAAGUAGGCUUAAGAUCUUACAUAUGCUAUCCCAGUAGGGUUUUGGGUCAAACAUAGGCUAGAGGCAGUAGACUUUGGCCUAUAUUAGGCUUGUGACCAAUUCUAUGCCAAUUGCAAGCUUGAGGUCCAUCAUAUACUUCUGUGGAUUUAUUUAUUUGUGUGGGUUCAGUAAACAUUGCAUUUUGUAAAUAUAUGGUUUUUCCAAUGUUUAAUACAUGCCUAUCGUCGCUGGGCUUCUAAAAUGUCGUAUAUGACUUUUUUGGCUAAAAAUACUUUUUGACACCAAUGGUCUGGGUGGGAGGAAAUCUGUGGUAUUACAAAAUAGCAUACAGUUAGACCAAUCAAAAUGUGGGAAAUAAGACAGAAUACAAAAUUGCAAAUGUCAGUUGUUUGUAAAGUUGCUUCCAAAAUGUUGUAUGUAAACCUGAAAAUUGUUGUAGAAUGGCUUUGAGGAAAAAAUAAUUGUACAUUUCUUUAUUCCUGUGAAAAUAAUUUAAGUUCUUGGAUAAUCCAGAAAUGUCAAUUUUUUUAUUUCACUGCUAUUUACAAAAAUGUUCAAGUUCACAUACGACAUUUUGGAAGCAUGGAUUUUGCAAAAAUUUUAAAGCCUGUUUGUGAGAUAUUUUUUUCUUGAAAAAUUUGUAUUUACAACAUUUUAGAAGCCCAGCGACGCUAUAGAACAUUUGUAUUUCAUUUGAAUUCAUUGUUCACCUUUACACACGAAAUCCACUUUAAUUGACACCCCACAAAUAAUAAUGAAUCCAUAGUAUGAUAUUAGACCUUGGGGCCAAUUUUAGGCUUGAUGCCUAAACAAUCAAACAAUAAAUCAAAUGUGUGAGUAAAUACAUAUGUAAAAGCUCUCACAAGCUUCUUAUUGUUAAACCUUUAUGAAUCAUAUACUGUGGAUUCGUUUAUUUUCCUGGGUACCAAUUUUCGUGGAUUAAGGAAAACUUGCAUGUUCGUGGAUAUAAAAUAUGUAGUUUUGACGAAGUCUGCAUAUAAGCCUAUAGAAAAUUUGUUAUUCGUUGAACAUUUAAUUUUGUGGUUCAACUGUAACCACAAAAGCCACGAAAUUGGUAUCCAACGAAUACUAAUGAGUCAUAUACUUAGGGAUAUUCUGUUCAUCUGUCCAAUUGUUCAUCAUUAGCUGGGUGUCCAGGUGAUAAUUAAAGUACCUUUUGAACAUUGGUUUAGGGUUGAAUAAUAUUUUGGUCUUGAGUAUAACCAUAGUGGCAUUUAUUGUUGAACUAGGCACUGGUAUCUGCUGUGACAAAUUUGACACGAUUAUGUUGUUUCUAUAGAUACUUUUGAACAUGGCAUUUCACAGAUAGAAAAUAAAGAUAACUGUUUUGUAUUUCAAGCUCUGACUGCAUCAGUAGGUUAUUUGAUGAUUGCAAAUUAAGUUUACUGGUGAUGGGUUAGCGAAGCCAGUAAAGAGGUGUUUACAUUCAUCAAUUCACCAAUUGAUGCUGUCAGAGCUUUAAAUACCAUAGUUUUGUUACAGUUCUAAUGAAACAGACCGAAAUCAUACAUUUAAAAUCUAAUAUACAUUGUUUAUGCUUGCACAUACUUUUUCAUAGCAUCAAUUGUGAAUAUCCAAUUAAAAUGAACGUUACAAACAAUGUUGCAUUAUAUUUCACAUUCCUACUUGUUUUUUUGUCAACUACUGCAUAUACAAGGGUUGUAAAAUUAAUGAAAAUAUAGUUGUCAUAUCUUGGAUUGCUUGCCAGACAAUUGAUUUU